AUGGUUAAUCCAAAUAUUUUGAAAGCCCCUGAACUUGCAUCGUAUAAUGUUCGAGGGAAUCAACCAGCUUUAGGUGUUGAUAAAUUAUGUUAUUUAACCGAUACCAUUUCAGACAAUGGCAUAUGGGAAGAAAUCAACCCUUUGGAAUCCAAACUCCCAACUUUUAUAUUUCAACUUGCUAUUGUUCUUUUUGUCACCCGUCUUUCUCUCCUUCUCCUCAAACCUCUCCGCCAACCUCAUUUCGCUGCUGAAUUGUUGGCAGGUAUACUGGUGGGAUCAAUUGCAAUUGCAAGUGAAUUUGCGCGAAAACAUAUUCCAACAUUGGGUUCUGUAUUUGCAGCUUCUCGAAUUAUGAUGAUGGAGACGGUGGGAAACCUUGGACUAAUUUAUCAUGUAUUUCUUAUUGGGUUAGAAAUUGACUUAAGAGCAUUAACAAGUGUUGGACCUAAAGCCCUUGGCAUUGGUAUUUCUGGAGCUCUUUUCCCCUUCUUUUUUGGAGCUUCCUUGUACACUUUUAUCGCAGAGUAUCCAGAGAAUUUUAGGUGGGGUUGUCUUUACUGGGGUGUAGCACUCUCAGUCACUGGCCUUCCUGUUAUAGCAGAAAUAUUUGCAAAAUUAAAGCUUCUCCAUUCAGAAAUUGGAAGAAUAGCCAUGUCUUCCGCACUUGUUAAUGAUUUUUCCUCAUGGAUUCUCCUUGUAUUUUCAUUAGCAAUAACUAGUAGCAGCUCAAGUACGUACUUGUCAUUGUUUAGUGUUCUAUUCUUCAUCAUUUUUAGUAUUUUUGUAAUUCGUCCAGCACUUUUAUGGAUGCUUAGGAAGAGUACUAGAGAAGGAGAAGACUAUAGUGAAGCAACAAUUUGUGCUAUACUCACAAUGGUCUUGGCUUGUGGGUUGAUCACUGAUAUAUGUGGAGUGAGCUCCAUUCUCGGUGCAUUUGUAUUUGGUCUUGUCAUACCAUCAGAUCUAUUAGGUCAUAGGUUUGUGUUAAUAGUUCAAGGUUUUGUAUCUGACUUGCUACUGCCUCUUUAUUAUGCUAGUUUGGGAAUGAGGACUCAUCUAGGGGGAAUUAGCAGAGAGGACAUGCUUAUGAUGGUUCUAAUUAGCUUACUGUCUUUCAUACCCAAGAUUGUUUGCACUCUAGCUAUGUCUUACUUCUAUAGAAUAUCGUUGCAUGAAGGAUUUACUCUUGGAAUACUAAUGAACACCAAAGGACUGCUUGCUGUCAUGGCAAUGAGCUUGGGCCGUGACCAUACUGUCAUGAAUGAAGAUGGAUUUGCCAUCAUGUUGUUUACUAUUUUCUUCAUGACCAUAGUAACAUCACCAAUUGUUAACUUCCUCUAUAGACGUACUAAGAAGUUCUUACCAAGCCAACAUAGGGUGUUACAGAACCUAAAACCAGAUUCUGAGCUCCGAAUCCUAACUUGUAUUCAUGAAGUACAAACUGCUGCUGGAAUUACUGCACUUCUGGAAAUCUCGCAUGCCUCUAGAAGAUCUCCAAUUUGCGUAUUUGCGCUUCAGCUCAUGCAACUGAAAAAACAUACUACCGCUUUGCUCAUUGUUCAUGGUGCUAGUGGGACUAGCUCAGAAAGUUACAGUAGAGCAGAUGGACAAAUUGAUCAAUUAAUUACGACAUUCAAUAACUUAGAGCAUCAAAAUCCGAUGAUAUCUGUUCAGUUGUUGACUGCUAUAUCUCCUUAUAGCACAAUGGAUGAAGAUAUAUGUAGUCUUGCUGAGGAAAAACAGGUGACACUAAUCAUUCUCCCAUUCCACAAGAGACAAACUAUACAUAAUAACAUGGAAGAAAUGAAUCCUGCUUACAAAGAUGUAAAUAAUAAUACUUUAGAAAAUGCACCUUGUGCUGUUGGUAUUCUUGUGGAUCGUGGCUUUGGCACAUUGUUAACUAGUAAAAUAGAUGAUGAUAAAACUAGGAGUUGCAGAAUAGCCAUGAUCUUUAUAGGGGGACGUGAUGACAGAGAGGCGUUGUCCUAUGCUUUGCGUAUGGCGAGACAUCCAAAGGUAUCUCUAAUAGUUUUGAGGUUUAUUCUGGAUGAAACUUCAGCACAGAAUGUUGAUGCAGAUUUAUCUCUCACAAUGGAAGGUGAAGAUGAAGGUGAAGCUGAAAAGAAAGCUGAUGACAUUUUUGUAAAUGAGCUUAGGCAAAAGGUACAAAAUGAUGACUCAGUUGUUUAUACAGAGGAGAUGUCUAGUAAUGGGGCAGAAACUGUGAAAACAAUAAGAUCACUAGGCCAAGAUUUUGAUCUCUAUGUGGUAGGAAGAGGAUUGGGCUUCUUUUCGCCGCUCAAAGGUGGAUUAGAUGAGUGGAGCGACUGCCCGGAGCUCGGAUCCAUUGGGGACUUGUUGCUCACAUCAGACUUUUCUUCCACAGCUUCAAUUUUAGUGGUGCAACACCAUGCUGAGCUCAAUCCUGGAUCAUCAACUUAAACAAAUUCAAUUCUAUCAUACAUUUGAAUAUUA